UUUGAAUUUAAAAUCCAGUUCAGUUGAAAAUGGCGACGGGGGAGAGAUUCUGAGUUUGGGAAUGGCAUCGGCUCUGAACAAGUUGAAAUGGUUGAGCGGAGGCAGAGGCGGAGCAUAUGGCAGUGGAUGGUGGAGUUAUGCAACGGCAGCGGUGGGUGAGAAAGUGGGCGAGGAGGUUCCGAGUUCGGGAAUUUGUAGGCCUCUCUCUGAAAUACUGAAGGAGCUCAACAAGAAGGUCCCCGACUCCCUCGUCAAAACCCGCCACGAAAAGGAUGGCUUCCCCGUCAGAUACAUUCCCUGGCAUGUUGUGAACCGCAUUUUGAACUUACACGCUCCUGAGUGGUCUGGUGAGGUUCGCAAUAUCACAUAUUCAUCUGAUGCCAAGUCUGUCUCUGUUGUCUACCGAGUUACCCUUUAUGGGACUGAUGCUGAGAUAUUUAGGGAAUCAACAGGUACUGCUUCGGUAGAUGACACAAGUUAUGGAGAUCCUGUACAGAAGGCAGAAGCGAUGGCUUUUCGUAGAGCUUGUGCACGAUUUGGGCUGGGCCUCCACCUUUAUCAUGAAGACGCAUCAUGAUCAAGUGGUUCUGCUUCUCAGGUUCAAUGUCUUGAUGAUUGCCAUUGUUUCUUUUUUGUUUUUAGGCUAUGAUCAUAUGCGAAGAGAUGGCAUAGCAACGUUAGUACUAGAGGGAAGUUUUUGUUACUUGCAACUUGGCAGUGGCUUACUAAGCUUCAAACUGUGUAGGUCAGGUUUGCCAUAUGUUGGAUCUUCCGGGAUUCUCCAUUUAUCUGCUAUGUAGUAUGGAGAAUUGAUGUACUAUGCGCUUUUGA